GGCCGCCGACCAGGACGCGACGCCGGAGGCCAUCUCUGCUGGUAGAGCGGCCGUCGAUCAGGUCAUCAGGACGAAGCCGACAUCCAAAAGUGUUAUUUGACUGAAAAGAGGAAUACGAUGUCCAAACGGCCGAGAAGCAGGCGAGCUGGAGGUGCCCCACUUACCCCCGAGGAGCAGGAGGAGCAGGCUGAAAGGGACAUUGAGGAGGCGGUGCAGCGGCGUUUGAGUCGGGAGUUUAGCAAUCUUCCGGGGCAGGGGAAUAGGUGCAAACGCGCUUGGACAGAGGCAAGUAUGCGAGGUACCCUCGUGGCGGAGGGGCAGAAACUUAUUGAGAGUCAGAGUCUUCAAAAGUUUGAGCUCAAAGUUGAUUGUUCAGGCAAAGAAUUCAAGGAAUAUAUCAGAAAAAGAAGACUCCACUUCAGAAAAGUUGCGUCGUACAAUUUCGGGAAUAACAUUGUAGCAACACCACCUGAUGAUGUUGUUACCUUCAACAUGACCGAAUUAAUGGAAGGUGACCCUUCGGUAUCUGUAUUGCAAAUGCUUUGUUGUGAUUUCAGUGGUUAUUUCACGCUACUCCGAGAAACCCCAGAUUACUCCCAGAAUCCUAAGAAUAGAUAUCAGAAAGAUGGUUUCCUUACAUUUGCUGGCAUGAAGAAAAAGAUGAAUUUCCCUGACAUUUUUGGAACCAUCGCUGAGCUAGAACAGUAUAAUGAAGCUUACAAAGACGUGAAAAUGGUUGAAAUAUUCAAGGGCUUUCUGAAGAGAAUGAGCGACGGACUUAGGACGCUCAAUGUGGACAAGCGCCGAGCAUUUAAUCCCGUCAUCCUUGCUUUGCUGCAUCUGGCGAUUUUCUUGCUCGGAGAGUGCCCACGCUUCCCGGAAAGUGAGGACUUUGUGGUUGCGAAUUAUGAUAGGCCCCUUUCUCAUCUGUCAAGGGUGACCCAGAGGCUGGAUGACUUGAUCCACAUAUGGUCUUUUCUAUCAAAACUGGCAUUCAAAUUUUUCAUCGCUAUGGUAGAAUUCGACCUGCAUUUCCGGGAGUCUCGAGCUAGUUUUGAUGAAGCCAGGAAGCUGAUGCACAUUGCCCUUGGGAAAGGAGGUGAGGCUGCCCUGGAGCUGGAUGACAACUUAAAUCUGAAAACACUGCAGCUGGAUUUUUGUGGAGCAGAUGGAAAGUUUAAUCUGAGAACCUUGCUGGGAAGUUAUCUUCGGGUGCUGAAGUGUGAAAAGGAUGAUAUCAUUAGGAUCAUCAUGCGGACUAAACAUGGAGUCACUAACAUCCUGCAUGAGUACCCACCCAAACCUGAAGAGCAUAACCCGAGAAUGUUGUCCCUGGAUGACAGUGCAGCAACGAAUAGGAAAAAUGAAAACAAUGCUGAAUAUGAACGAUGGAGGAUUAUCAGAGAUGUGGAUGGGUUGAAAUUGAUAGAUGUCCUUUUGAAUGAUUUGCCCAUCGAUGAGGUACACUAACUCCAAAAGUUGAGAUGAAGAGGAAGUUAUUUCGAGAAGGGUGAUGAUAAGAUGCCAGAAGUCAUUUUGUGGAGUUGAAAAUGAAUAGUUGAUGCUGUAAUGUGUUUUGGCCCUAGUCCUGUUUGAUGGGCGCUGAACUUGUAUAUGAAUCUAGAUCUUGGCAGUAUACUAGUACAUGUGUAGUUGUUUUUUCGCUUAGGAACUCGGUUACUUGCCACUACUCACUUGUGUAUGGCCAUAUUCGUUUUUGGUAUGGUUUGGAAUUCGGUUGCUGCAUUUGUUUUGAACCUUAUUCCGUUAAUGAAGAGUGAUGGAACCUGGCUCACAGUUGGGAGGCC